GACAGCCCUUCCUUCCACUUCCAGACCAAAAUAGACUGGUGAGGGUUGAGCGGCUGAGAUCCUGAACGAGAAAUGGCUGCCACCGGAGUUCUCCCCUUUAUAAGGGGGGUAGACCUCAGUGGAAACGACUUCAAAGGUGGUUAUUUUCCAGAACAUGUCAAGUCUAUGAGCAGCCUGCGAUGGCUGAAGCUGAACAGGACAGGACUCUGUUACCUCCCAGAGGAGCUGGCCUCUCUGCAGAAACUGGAGCAUCUUUCAGUCAGUCACAACAGCCUGACUACUUUACAUGGAGAACUGUCCAGCUUACCAAACUUACGGGCAGUGGUGGCCAGAGCCAACAACCUGAAAAACUCUGGUGUCCCGGAUGACAUCUUUCAGCUCGAUGACCUCUCUGUGCUGGAUCUGAGUUACAACCAGCUGACGGAGAUCCCCAGGGACUUAGAGAACAGCAGGAACAUGCUGGUGCUGAAUCUGAGCCACAACGGCAUCGACUCCAUCCCCAACCAGCUGUUCAUCAACCUGACAGACCUGCUGUAUCUGGACCUGAGCGACAACAAGCUGGACAGCCUGCCGCCACAGAUGAGACGUCUGGUCCACCUGCAGACACUCAUACUCAACAACAACCCACUGAUGCACGCCCAACUGCGCCAGCUGCCAGCCAUGGUGGCACUACAGACUCUCCAUCUGAGGAACACCCAGAGGACCCAGAGCAACAUGCCCACCAGCCUUGAGGGACUGACACAUUUAGCAGAUGUGGACCUGUCAUGUAAUGAUCUGACUCGGGUACCAGAGUGCCUCUAUUCACUGGGCAGUUUGAAGAGACUCAACCUGAGCAGUAACCAGAUCUCAGAGCUCUCCCUCUGUAUCGACCAGUGGACCCAGCUGGAGACUCUCAACCUCAGCCGCAACCAGCUCACCUCGCUGCCUUCUGCAAUCUGUAAGCUGUCCAAACUGAAGAAGCUGUAUGUGAACUCCAACAAGCUGGACUUUGAUGGGAUUCCAACAGGAGUGGGCAAGCUGGCCAGCCUCACCGAGUUCAUGGCUGCCAACAACAACCUGGAGCUCAUCCCCGAGGGGCUCUGCAGGUGUGGUAAGCUGAAGAAGCUGGUGCUGAAUAAGAACCGUCUGGUGACGCUGCCCGAGGCAAUCCACUUCUUGACAGACUUAGAGAUUCUGGAUCUGCGUGAAAACCCCAACCUGGUGAUGCCUCCUAAGCCAGUUGACAGGACAGCAGAAUGGUACAACAUUGACUUCUCCCUGCAGAACCAGCUGCGGCUGGCCGGGGCCUCACCCGCUACUGUAGCUGCUGCUGGAGGAGGAGCAAGCCCCCGCGACCCCCUGGCGAGAAAGAUGAGGUUGAGAAGGAGGAAGGACUCUGCUCAGGACGACCAAGCAAAGCAGGUGCUGAAGGGCAUGAGCGACGUUGCGCAAGAGAAGAAGCACUUGGAGGAGAACGGCGACCUGAAAUAUGGGGAUCUAAAAACACGGCGAUGGGACAAGAGUUUGGAGAAGCCUCAUCUGGAUUACUCUGAGUUUUUCAUGGAGGACGUGGGGCAGGUUCCAGGUGUGACGGUGUGGCAGAUAGAGAACUUUGUUCCCAUGCAGGUGGAAGAAGCUUUCCAUGGCAAGUUCUAUGAGGCUGACUGCUACAUCAUCCUCAAGACCUACCUAGAUGAUAACGGAGCGUUGAACUGGCACAUCUACUACUGGAUCGGCCAGGAUGCCACACUGGACAAGAAGGCAGGCUCUGCCAUCCACGCUGUCAACCUCAGGAACUUUCUGGGAGCCGAGUGCAGGACAAUACGGGAGGAGAUGGGAGAUGAGAGCGAGGAGUUCACUGCUGUAUUUGACAAUGAGAUCUCCUACAUUGAGGGAGGAACAGCAAGUGGUUUCUACACUGUAGAAGACACAAACUACUCUGUCAGGUUGUACAGAGUUUAUGGCAAGAAAAACAUCAGGCUGGAGUCUGUACCUCUGAAAGCCUCCUCCCUUGACCCACGUUUUGUCUUCUUGUUGGACACGGGGCUGGAAAUUUUUGUCUGGAGAGGAGCUAGCGCUACACUCAGCGGCACCACCAAGGCCAGGUUAUUUGCAGAAAAGAUUAAUAAGAAUGAGCGUAAGGGGAAGGCAGAGAUCACUACUCUGGUACAGAGCCAGGAGCCUCCAGGCUUCUGGGAGGCGCUGGGAGGACAACCAGAAGAGAUCAAGAAGCACGUACCAGAUGACUUCACUCCUGUCAGACCCAAACUAUACAAGGUGGGCCUGGGUCUGGGCUACCUGGAGCUGCCUCAGAUUAACUACAAGCUGUCAGUGGAACACAAAGACUGCAAGGUCAAACUGGACACCAUGCCAGAGCUUAGACUGCUGCAGUCUCUGCUGGACACUAAGUGUGUUUACAUCCUGGACUGCUGGUCCGAUGUUUUCAUCUGGAUCGGGAGGAAAUCUCCCCGUCUGGUCCGAGCCGCUGCCUUGAAACUUGGCCAAGAGAUCUGCUCCAUGUUGCACCGGCCCAAACAUGCCUGUGUAACCCGCAACCUGGAGGGCACCGAGUGCCAGGUGUUUAAGUCUAAGUUUAAGAACUGGGAUGAUGUGUUGAAGGUCGACUACACCAGAGCAGCUGAGACUGUACAACAGAACGACAAUCUGCAGGGCAAGGUGAAGAAGGAUGCAGAGCAGAAGGGCCAGAUGAAAGCUGACCUCACAGCUCUCUUCCUUCCCAGGCAGCCACCCAUGCCCCUCACUGAGGCUGAACAGAUGAUGGAAGAGUGGAACGAGGACCUGGAUGGAAUGGAGGGAUUUGUGUUGGAAGGCAAGAAGUUUGCUCGUCUGCCAGAGGAAGAGUUUGGACACUUCUACACGCAGGACUGCUACGUCUUCCUGUGCAGAUACUGGGUGCCAGUGGAGUAUGAGGGGGACGAGAAGAAGAAGGGUCAAGGGGGGGGUGAGGGAGGAGAGGAGGAGGAGGAGGAGGACAAACAGCCUGAGGAGGACUUCCAGUGUGUGGUGUACUUCUGGCAGGGCAGGCAGGCGUCCAACAUGGGCUGGCUCACCUUCACCUUCUCCCUUCAGAAGAAGUUUGAGAGCUUGUUCCCUGGAAAACUGGAGGUCGUGCGUAUGACCCAGCAGCAGGAGAACCUCAAGUUCCUGUCCCAUUUCAAGAGGAAGUUCAUCAUCCACAAAGGGAAGAGGAAACAGAAGACGGACUCGGCCCAGCCCUCCCUCUACCACAUACGCACCAAUGGCAGUGCUCUUUGCACAAGGACCAUCCAGAUUGGAACAGACUCCAGCAAUCUCAACUCCGAGUUCUGCUUCAUACUCAAGGUACCAUUUGAGAGCACAGACAACCAGGGCAUCGUUUACACUUGGGUGGGAAGAGCCGCCGACCCUGAUGAAGCCAAACUGGCAGAGGACAUAAUGAACAGCAUGUUCGACGACACCUACAGCAAACAGGUGAUUAACGAGGGGGAGGAGCCAGAGAACUUCUUCUGGGUGGGGAUUGGUUGUCAGAAGCCAUAUGAUGAAGAUGCAGAUUACAUGAAAUACGCUCGACUCUUCAGGUGUUCCAAUGAGAAAGGUUAUUUCUCUGUGUCAGAGAAAUGCUCAGACUUUUGCCAGGAUGACUUGGCUGAUGAUGACAUCAUGCUGCUGGACAAUGGCAAAGAGGUUUACAUGUGGGUCGGCACCCAGACCAGCCAGGUGGAAAUCAAGCUUAGCCUGAAAGCUUGCCAGGUUUACAUCCAGCACAUGCGCUCUAAAGACGCCGAACAUCCCAGGAAGCUGCGACUGGUCCGGAAGGGAAACGAGCCCCACUGCUUCACACGCUGCUUCCACGCCUGGGGAGCCUUCAAAACUCCCCCCUCAUAGACACACACUCAUUCAGCCACAUGCACACGCAGACAUACAGACGUUUCGCUGCCAUGUAGUUUUCUACCAGUAAUAAAAUGAUGUCUUUGCCUAGCACAGCUUUACCUAAAGCCCCUCCGCUGUCCUGCUCAGCAUUUCUGCUCAACAGCCUCUUGCACAGUCGUCUACUUGUAAAGAGGUAGCAUGUUUUUCCAGGCUGAUGUCUCCUUAAUACGGACAACUCACCUCCCAAAACUCUAAACAUAACAGAAAAACAAUGUGAAGAGAUUUCCUGUUAGCAAAGCAACGAUGUAAGCAUCAGCCAUGGUGGAAUUCCUUUAAUUUUCUGAUUACAGUUUUAGUCUCUUAGAUAGUGUAGCUGUGCCAAUGAGCAAGAGGCUGUUGACCGUCCCUCUGCUUCCUCUCUGAGGGACAGAAAGCAGAACGGCACAUUUUUUCUACAAGCUUUUUAGCAGCAGGCCUGAAUACAAUAACAGAAUGAAAGAAGAGAUUUAUGUUUUGAGAUAGGUCUAAGGUGUACAGAUGUUUUAUAAAAGAGCUGGACGGAGACGUGUCUGUCCCCCGCUAACAUAUCGGUCCGUCUCGCCGGUUUCUUGCGGCAUGUGCGAGGACGGCGUUGCCCUGCAUGGUGUAGGUCUCAGAGGACGAGGGUCCAGUGCUCAACGCUAUGGGGGGCACUCCUCCCAACUUUGUAGUGCCAUUUUGCUCAAGUCAUGUGAAGUUGGCUCUGAGGCAGUUACUCUCAUUUUUUUAAUCAUUCAUUUGUGGACACUGAGGGACUGAACAGGAAGCAGCACUAUCAUUGUUUUUUUUUUUUUUUUCUGAGGAAUGUUUGUCUAUAUUUUUGUUUGUCUUUUCUUCCAUCAUGAGGAGUGUACUUGGUGUGGGUGUGAGUGAGUGUGUGUGUUUACCCCAGGCGCCUUCAUUGAAAAGGGGUUUUCCCCCCGUCCCACAGUCUGAUUGGUCACCCUUCUCACUUCCUCUCGAAUGUGAGUCAGGCUUCCUAAGAGGCAUAUCAAGCUGGAUUUACGCAGGAAAAAAAGGGGAAUUUUAUUACUGGCUAGUUUUGGGGAACAUGUUAUGAUCACAGUGUUAAAUAUCAGAUUUGCCUUUCCUGUGUGAAUGAGUCCUUGUGGUACGAUCAGAUGGGUUGCACUGCAGCCAGAUGAAACAGCUGACACCAGGCAGCCGGGGGUCAGCGGUCCUGAUCUGAGGGGAGGAGGACGGGAUGCCAGGCUUGCAGCUGUGGGACAGAGCCUUGUUUUACCUUUGGGACAGAGCUGUUUCAGUGUGCAAUCAGCAGAGUACGGGAGAAUCAAAUGAUAGUAACAAUACUGUUUUUUUCUGUCUGUCACAGGCUGGAUUCGAAUUGUCAAAUCAUUUUUUUCUUGAUUUUCUGUAGCCUUGUUAACAAAGGCUUUCAUAACUUUUUUUUUUUUUCGGUGUGUUUUUGACAAUGCGAAUACAAUCCUAAUGGGAGAUCUUCUGCAUCAUAUUAGAGACAUAUCUUGAUAACUGUAAAGCGACCUGUGGUUCCGCUGAUCAGAGCAGUUUUGUUUUUACAACUAAUGGUUAACAGACGAGUUAUGAAAGGUCAAACUGAUCGUAGAUCUGUAUCACCAGGGUGAACUUUAGGAGCACAUAACUGCUGCAGCGCUUCUCAUGAUCAUAUGACCCGUAUAUUCUGCAAAGAUUGGUCCAAGAACCUGAUUAUAGAAAUAGCUAUGAUAGAUACCAAUGAUAUAUUUACAAACAGCUGCAGCCACCAUCAUAUUGUUUCUAUAUACUGUAUUUUGUUGGGUGAAUUGUAUGCCUGUUGGUGUGUUUGUUUGGCUGAGUUAUGUAUGUAUGUGCGUGUGGGUGAUUAUGUGCACAUGCUCCUGAUGCCACCUGCAGAUGCUUUAUUUAUGUAUUUUAUAUGAAAAAUAAAGUUUCACGUCACUAUGA